AUGAUUAAACUUGUAAACAGAUACCACUUUUUAAACUCAAGAAUCAAUCCUAAUAUCUUUUCUCAGAGAUAUUUCGGUGUUCUUAUAAGGGAACCUUUAAACCCUGCAACUAUUACUGAGAUGAAGGUCAAAAUCGGUGAUUACGCAAUGCAAGAGAGAAUAUUCGAUAAGGAAGACUUGAAGAAAUUUUCUGAGGCUAUUCAAGAUAAGUACGCGGCUCAUUUAAACCAUGGUGAAAACUCACAUACAUUUUACAGAUCAGAUAUUAUUUAUGGCAUUUUCACAUCAGCAAUGUUUACUAGUAUUUUCAGAUCUCAUUUCCCAAAAUGCAUUUACAUGGACCAAAAUUUACAAUUUAAGAAGCCUAUUCUAUAGGAUGAGAAAGUUAUCGGAAAAGUCGAGAUCAUUAGUUGGGAUGCUGCAAAGAAAAAUGUGACAUUCAAGACAACAAUUUCUAACAUAGAUUAGAAAACAGGCAAGGAAUAAGUUGCUGUUGAUGGAACUGCAAUAUUGAAAGUUCCUUAUAUCACUGUAGAGUGA